AUGAAGUUAUUUGCAUUUUUGUGGUUGAUUGGAUUGGCACUUUGCCACAACGUCUUGUUGCCUCCAUACGGUAAGCAAUGUUUCUUUGAAACCUUGAAGAAGAAUGAUGAAUUGGCCAUCUCUUUCCAGGUGGGAUCAAGAGACCCUCAAAAUGGUGAACAGUUGAAGGCUUCCUUUUAUAUUGGCUCUCCCAGUGGCCAGGUCUUGGUCAAGAAAAAUGAUAUCGACCACGGUGACGAGGUGGUCAGAGCCACUAGUGAUGGCAAAUACACCUACUGUUUUUCUAACGAAAGAUCCAGUAGAGUGGAUAUGGAUGUUUCUUUCAAUGUGCACGGGGUGAUCUAUAUUGAUUUUGAAAACCCCGACUCUAACACCUUGGACUACGCCAUCCAAAGAUUGAGUCAGUUGACCAGUGACGUGAAGGCUGAACAGGGAUACUUGGUGAUCAGAGAAAGAACUCACAGAAACACCGCCGAAUCCACCAACUCCAGAGUCAAGUGGUGGUCGGUGUUUCAAAUCCUCAUGGUGGCCACCAACUCGUUGUUCCAGAUCUACUAUUUGAGACGGUUCUUCGAGGUGAAACUGGUAGUUUAG